AUGAACGCUUGGGACUUCCUCACUUGUCUCCCAACCAUCCUCCUGACCCGCCUCCCCCCGCUCUCGCUUGCUGCAGUCGUCCUUCCUCCCGUCCUCUUUGCGGCAUACCUCUGGCUGCAAUUUUUGGUUGUCAGACUUGAAAGCGAAAACCAGCUCGACCUACGACAAAGUCUUGGGCAGUUUAGUGUAUCGUGGUUUGCCGAGCUGGAGAAGAGUACCCGUGGCAGAAAGAAGUACAAGUCUACCAUGGAUUUAUAUUGCGAACGAGCAGACUUGCCAUCCCCGGAGCUUGUGCCAGGAGCUGCUCCGGAUCUGACGUCGGAUCUGGCGAACUGUAUGACGAGGCGGACUGAAGAGUAUCUCGACGGCUUGCUGCCGCCGCCCUCCCCUUCCUCGUAG